AUGGAACAACACGGCGACCUGGCGCUGGUGGCGCGCCUGCCGGAGGACGUGCUCACCGACGUGCUGCGGCGCCUGGCCGCCACGCCGCGCUGGCUCGACAUCUCCCGCUCCGUCUGCAAAGCAUGGCGAGCCAUCAUCGACGGCGAGAGCCUCCUCUGCACACGGCUCCCCUUCACGGGAAUCUUCAUCAGCAUGGCGGUGCUCCCGUUCCCCGAGCUGUUCUCCCGCCCCUCCGCGCCGGGCCGGCCCGCCGUCAGCGGCAAGCUCCACUUCCUGGCCGCGGCCGUCAAGGUCCUCCCCGACGGAGGCUGUGACCGGCGAGGGAACCACUGCAUCAAGGGCCACUGCAACGGGCUACUCUUGCUCAACGACUACGUGGUUAACCCCGCCACGCAGCGCUGGGACCGUCUUCCCGAGCGCCCGCCAAACAAUGCCAAGGGGAUGGUUCGGCAUUCCUGCUGCAACGAGUACCUCGCCUUUGAUCACACCGUGUCGUCCCACUACCAGUUUGACAUACAGUGCGCCACUGGGCAUGUGAUUUGUAUGUCCUGCCAUCGCAAGCUCCGGAACAAGGACAGGUGCUACGUGUGCUCCAUUACUGGCGGCUAUCAACGCUGCAUCGUGCUCGAGAAAAUCCUGGAGUCUGUCCAGAUCCCUUGCUCCAAUACCAUGUACGGUUGCACCGUCAAGACACAUUACCUCGAGGGAGCAGAUCAUGACAAGUCGUGCCCAUGUGCACCGUGCUUCUGCCCUGAUCCUAGUUGUCACUUUACUGGCUCAACCGCAGAGCUCCUUGACCAUCUCACCCAUACGGACAACUGGCCGGCAACUGAGUUCGAGUACGGACAGCGUUUUGACCUGCAGAUCCAGGAAGGAAUGCACGUUCUCUACACAAGGGAGGAUGGCACCCUGUUGCUGGUAAAAUUCACGCCGGUGCCGCCUUUCGGCAAUGCUGUCUCCAUCAUGUGUGUUGAUCCUCAUGCCGUGGCGGGGGACCGCAAGUUCAGGUGCCUGGUUGGUUCCAACUGCAGCACCGAUAGUUGGCGUUCAGAUUUCCGUACCAUAAGCACCAAUCUGUCCAACGACUUACCGACGGAGGAUGGCAGCUACUCAUUGGUUGUGCCGACUCUUUCUUGUUACAGCAGCAUCAAUGUCACUAUCUCAAAGGUUACGGUGCUGUAGUCGGGGAGCUCUUCGCCACUCACGCUGACAGGUUGUGUGCUACUUGAGGAUUGUUUCCUCAGUUCAUCACUUGUUGAACGUUUUAUUAUUCAGCCUCGAGGCUUUAGUACUUUGGUUGUGUGCAUCUUCGGCUGCAGAGAUUCUACUUGUGUCUUAAGUUAUCUAUGUGUUUGAAUUGCAUGCUGCAAUCUGAAGCCAUGGCUGAUCUGCAUUAUACUGCCAGUAACAAACUGCAAUCAAAUCACGUCUCUUGGACAAUUAGCAGCUACAUUGUUAUGUAAUGCUCAUUCCAGCUUGGUUGCUGCUCUAAACUCUGUAUAUGUAAUGUCUUCGUUUUGCUCGUGCUGUUAGCUAGAAUGGC